AUGACUCCCUGUGCCAGCCUGCUGCUGCUGCUCCUGCUCGGCCUCUCUCAGGCCUAUCCUCUCGAGGAGGAAGGGAGCGAAGAGGAGCUCCAAAUAGACGAUGAUGACACCGUCGACAUCGGCACCAGGAUUCUGACCUCCAACAGCGCCUCCAAUGAGAUGCUGUUGGAAGGAGACCUGUUAGCUCCCAAGACCAGAAACGCCAUGAAGUGCUAUUCCGAGAAGUGCCUGUGGAAGAAAGGCUCCAACGGCCUGGUAACGAUUCCCUUCACCAUCAGCAGUGAUUUUCCCCGCGGGGAGAAGCAGAAGAUCGACUCCGGCAUGAAGUCCUUCUACAAAAGCACCUGCAUCCGCUUUUCCCCCCGCCAGAACGAGCGUGACUACAUCAGCAUUGAGAACAUAGGUGGAUGCUUCUCGUCUCUCGGCAGAACGGGAGGAAAACAGGAGCUCUCUCUCAGCAGGCGAGGCUGCAUCUACCACGGCAUCAUCCAGCAUGAGCUCAUUCACGCUCUGGGCUUCCAGCACGAGCAGACCAGGAGCGACCGCGACUCCUACGUCCGGAUCAACUGGGAAAACAUCAACAAGCGGAUGGCCUACAAUUUCCAGAAGCAGGACACCAACAACCUGAACACUCCCUACGACUACACCUCCAUCAUGCACUAUGGAAGAACAGCCUUCUCCAUGAAUCAGGGGAAGGACUCCAUCACUCCCAUCCCCAACGCCAACACCCAAAUUGGCCAGAGGCAGGGCAUGUCCAAUUGGGACAUCAAGAGGAUCAACCUGCUUUAUAAGUGUUAA